AUGACAAGGAUCACUGGGGAGCUCUCCGUUGGAGGUGGCCAGCUGUUUCAUUCAGAGACACACAUUGCCCCUCUCCCAGCCUGUGCCUGUGACAGACACCUCUCGCUGACCAAAGCUCUCCCCUAUGUGCUGAUUCUCCCUGUGGCCUCGCGGCUCUUGAGACAGUAUCCUGGGCAGUCGCUGCCGUCCAACGGCAGUGACCAUGAGGGUCGAAGUCAUUGGCCACCCUCUCUGAGGUUCCUUGCCAGAGGUCUCUCGUUCUUCUUGCAGCUGAAGUAUGCUGUGAAGAGCCUGAGGGAUAUGAAUCAGUCGGUGGCCUCCGGCUUCUUUCUGGUGAACCUCUUCAGUGGCUCAGGGCCACACCGUGUCCUCUUCUCCCUGGUGGCCGCCGCRUUUACCUUGGGUCUUCUGGGAAACACCAUUCUGCUGUUCUUGAUUCGCCUGGACUCCCAACUCCACACACCCAUGUACUUCCUGCUCAGCCAGCUCGCCCUCUUUGAUGUGGGUUUCCCCCUGGUCACCGUCCCCAAGAUGGCCUCAGACUUCCUGCGGGGGGAAGGUUCCAUCUCCUUCGGAGGUUGUGCAGCUCAAAUAUUCUUCCUGACACUKAUGGGUGUGGCCGAGGGCGUCCUGCUGGCCCUCAUGUCCUACGACAGGUACCUCGCCGUGUGCCACCCCCUGCAGUACCCUGUGCUCAUGAGACGCCGGGUGUGCCUGCUCAUGGUGGGCUCCUCCUGGCUGGCGGGGGUGCUCAACGCGUGCACGCAGACCUCCAUCACCCUGCACUUCCCCUACUGUGGCUCCCGCACCGUGGACCACUUCUUCUGYGAGGUGCCAGCCCUGCUGAAGCUCUCCUGUGUGGACACCUCGGCCUAUGAGCGGGCGCUGUCCACCUCGGGAGUGCUGAUCCUGGUGCUGCCGCUCGCCCUCAUCGCCGCCUCCUAUGGCCACGUGUUGCGGGCUGUUCUGCUCAUGCGCUCGGAGGAGGCCCGAGGCAAGGCCUUGGCCACCUGCUCCUCGCACCUCACGGUCGUGGGCCUCUUCUAUGGAGCUGCGGUGUUCAUGUACAUGGUGCCUGGUGCCUACCACAGCCCCCUGCAGGACAAUGUGGUCUCCCUGUUCUACAGUCUGGUCACCCCGACUCUCAACCCCCUUAUCUACAGUCUGAGGAACCGGGAGGUGCAGAGGGCUUUGGUCAAAGUGCUCAGCAGAGCUGGUCUCAGGGCAAAGUGGUGA